UCGGCAAACACAACGUCAUUCUUUGGGAGGGCUGAAGCAUGUGUGGACAAGUUGCUCAAGUACCUGUCGGAUAAUAAUAAAUCUUCUUGAAAACCUCUUGUGGCCAGCCACCAGACUGCGCUCUCCCUCUCUCAUAUUCUCGCUGUCUUCUUGAAGUUCGCUUGGAGGGUUAAUGGAUAUGAAGCGGAUUCGGCGCACACAGCAUUCUCCGACGAUCACGCCGGAUCUGGAGAACGAUGGCGGCAGUUAUCGUUCCGCCGCCGAAAAGAAGCCCAGAGGCCAAAUGCUUCGGUUUGCGAUGAUGCUUAUUGGUUUUCUGGUGCUUCUGUUUCUAACGGCAGCCAUAUCUGGAUUCCACCCUAAUCUUUCAUUCAACCAGCUUCGGCAAUUUACUGAAAGGGGACAUUUCGAGUUAAGUGCAAGUGUAGAGAACAAAUUCCUUGAACCUCACAAAUCCCCAGAAGCUAAAGAGAAUAAAUAUCUUGGCGGUCUGUUGGCCUCAGGAUUCGAAGAACAAUCCUGUCUGAGCCGACAGCAGUUCACAUCAUAUCGCAAACCAUCAUCCCAUUCGCCUUCUGCGUACCUAUUGCAAAGGUUAAGGAAGUAUGAGCAGCUCCACCAAAAAUGUGGCCCGAACAGUGAUCUUUAUGAUAGAACUGUAGACCAGCUGAAGCCGGAUCAUGUCAGCUUUGUGACAGCUGAGUGCAGAUACGUUGUGUGGAUUUCCUAUAGUGGGUUAGGAAACAGGAUGCUGAGUCUUACUUCAGCGUUCCUUUAUGCUCUUCUUACAAACAGGGUCUUGCUGGUGGACCGAGGAGCUGACAUGACUGACCUAUUCUGCGAGCCAUUCCCGGGCACCUCAUGGCUUCUUCCUCUUGAUUUCCCUCUCAGCCAAUUCAAAAACUUUGACAUCAACUCACCCGAGAGUUAUGGCAAUAUGCUGAAGAAUAAAGUUAUCACUAACACUGCAGGCGGUGGUGCUUCACGAAGUUCACCGCCUUCAUUUGUGUAUCUUCAUCUAGGACAUGAUUAUAGCGAUUAUGACAAGCUCUUCUUCUGUGAAGAUGACCAAAAUCUCCUUGAAACAAUCCCCUGGUUGAUGCUGAGAUCAGACAACUACUUUGUGCCUUCUUUAUUUCUUAUCCCCACCUAUCAAGAUGAGUUACAUCAAUUGUUCCCUAAGAAAGACACCGUCUUCCAUCAUCUUGGCCGGUAUCUACUCCACCCAACAAAUCCAGUUUGGGGGUUGAUUACCAGGUACUACCAAUCUUAUCUUUCCAAGGCAGAUGAAAGGGUGGGAAUCCAAAUAAGAGUCUUUGAGACCGAAUCUGGGCCAUUCCAGCAUGUCCUAGACCAGGUCAUUGGAUGCGCUCAUAAACAGAAGAUUCUGCCUGAAGUCAGUCAGCAAAAAGCCAUUAUAACCACACCUCAUAACCGAUCAAAAGCUAUUCUACUGACUUCUCUAAGUUCUGGUUACUUGGAGAUCCUAAGAAAUAUGUUCUGGGUGCAUCCAGCUACAAGUGGAGAGAUAAUUAGUUUCCACCAGCCGAGCCACGAGGAACACCAGCAAACUGGGAAGCAAAUGCACAACAUGAAGGCAUGGGCUGAGAUGUACCUUCUCAGCCUAACAGAUGUGCUGGUAACAAGCGCCUGGUCUACGUUCGGAUAUGUGGCUCAGGGCCUUGGCGGAUUGAAGCCAUGGAUUCUCGUCAAAUCUGAGAACAGGACAGUUCCAGAGCCUCCGUGCUUACCAGCCAUGUCUAUGGAGCCUUGUUUUCAUGCACCGCCAUUCUAUGAUUGUAAGGCGAAGCGUGGAACAGACACGGGAGAAUUGGUUCCGCAUGUGCGGCAUUGUGAGGACAUCAGCUGGGGGCUUAAACUCGUGGACAGAGAUGAGUGGUAAGUGCUGCGAAUUGCUUAAUAUUUGUACACUAUUUGUACACUAGCAGAUAGCUGGGAAACGUUAUUUUGGAGUUCUAAUUGUGUGCUACUAGUAAAUAUGUACCUUUUUUUUCUGAAAUAACGCUUCUUUGUAGUUUUGGAAGAAUCGCAGUGCUUAGGAAAAUGUAUGAAAUGAUUUUGUAGGAUUCCAUUAGAAGUCUUACUAGUUCCCCACUUAAAUGGCUAAUGGAAAAUAUCCUCUUUUGAG